UCCCCAUUGAAGAGGGAUCUCUUUUAAGUGUAACAACGGUUGUGGUGUUACACGAUUACAGUCUCGGCAUUAGUUCUUUCAUGUUCAGUUAUGGAAUUCAGACAUAGUCGUGGACGCGGAGGGCACUGGAAAAGAGGAGGUAGGGGUGGAGGUGGAGGUGGAGGUGGUGAUGCUGAGACCGGCAGUGCGGGAGAGCACAGGGGUCGCGGAAGAGGAAGCCACCACCAUCGUGGAAGAGGCAAACGGGAUCAUCGCAGAGGAAGAGGGCGAGAGUUUGGACCUCCUGCAGACUUUCGACGACAUCAAGAUGACCAGGACAACAAAGAAAACUUUGAGCAAGAGGAGGAAGACCACUCCUUCUCAAGACGAAAGCUUGAGUCCAACUGGGACCGUUAUGAGGAAACCGAGAAAGAAGAAAUAAAUGAAGAUGUUCCUUCACAGAGAGGCACAGACUAUCAGGUCCUUCUCACUUCAGCUGGGGACUCGUUCACUCAGUUCAGGUUCUCUGAUGAGAAGGACUGGGAGAUGGAUUCACUGGCAAAAAAUCAGAUUCCAGCUCUGUUUAUAGAUCUGCCAGCUUUAACUCAGUCACUUCAAGAGCUUCCACUGCACACAAGACUGAACCUGGAGGCUGAGCUUGUGCAGGUAACGCUUCCUGUUGAGCUGCCGUCUGUGACAGUGCCUCACAGAACUGACUCGACUCUAACAACUGGUUUGAAAGCUCCUCAGGCAGGCCGAGAGUCAAACCUGAGCAUUUCCUGUAGUGUAAAGCCUGUUUCAAGUACCACACCAUCUCUCGGGGUCUCCACAGCCAUCCCUCCUGCCACAGAUGAUGCUGACCAGGAGCUCGACCUUCUCCUCAACUUGCAGAAACCCGUCACAGAAAUGACUUUAGUCGAAUCUCACACUACAACAGAUGAUGUGCUAAACAACCCAACACAAGGUUCAGAAGAAGAGAGAAAAGAUCAAAAGGCUGAUAUGAAAGAGACGAAGCCAGAAGUGGAGAGUGAAGCUAAACCUACGAGGCAGGACGUGACAGAGGAGGAUCUGGAGGACUGGCUGGACAGCAUGAUCUCCUGAUCCCAGAGAAGCUGACUGACACUGCUGUGGAUUAAAUCAGCACACGCAGCUUUGCUAAUGCUGACAUAGCGUUACUUCUGUGCGGACGUGAACAUCAUGCCGUGACACUUCAUUAAGUCUUAUAAUAGCCAAGACUAGUUCAGUCAUGGGAAUAUAAUAUGCUUCAUCAAUAUAUUACUCAUAAAA